AUGGCGCCCAUCACACCUCUCAAUGCGGCGGAUAUAACUGAAAAAGCACGCCGGGAGCUGCUUCUUCUGCUCGAGGGUAUAAGAGGAAAGAAGAAUCUCGUGCUUGAGAAAGCUCUCGCAGGCCCGCUGAACUUGCUCGUCAAGUUCUCCACGCUACAGGAAUAUGGCGUCGACAAGCCCUUCUUCCUCGAGAACGACAAUGUCGACUCGUCUCAGCGCAACAUCGUCUUUCUCGUUAGAGGCGAGAAAGCGAAGACUGUGAUGGCUGUUGCUGAUCAAAUCAAACGUAUACGGCGAGACAGCCAAAUUGAGCAUGAAUUCUCCAUUUUCUGGGUGCCCCGUCGUACUAUGACCUCGGACCAACUGCUUGAAGAAGCGGGUGUUUUGGGUGAAGCUAGUGUGAGCGAAUGGCCGCUAUUCUUCGUGCCGCUUGCAGAUGAUGUACUGUCGCUUGAACUUGAAGAUGCUAUCUCGGAUCUCUAUCUCAAGAAAGAUCCGACCGCAAUCUACUUGUCGGCGAAAGCACUCAUGCUCCAGCAGCAGAAAUAUGGUCUUUUCCCACGUAUCAUCGGAAAGGGUGACAAUGGCAAGCGUCUUGCUGAUCUUCUCAUCCGCAUGCGUACCGAAGUCAUGGCAGGCGAGACAUCUGCUAGCGGAGGGCCAUCGUUCCUAGGCUUAGCACCUAGUUCGAACAUAGACAGCCUCAUCAUCGUCGAUCGGGAAGUUGACUUUCCCACAGUGCUACUGACUCAGUUGACCUACGAAGGGCUCAUCGAUGAGGUCUUCAACAUUACCGCAAACCAAACAGAAGUCGACUCGUCCAUAGCUGGUGGUGCACAGCCUCAGCAAGGACAGACUGGGUCAGCAUCGACCAGUAUGAAGCGCAAGAUCAUGAUUGAUUCAAAAGACACUCUAUACGCCGAACUGGGUGAUGCGAACUUCGCCAUUGUCGGUAACCUGCUCAACCAAGCAGCCCGUCGCCUCCAAAGCAGCACAGGACGCGAUCAGCUUGCCACAAAGACGACUUCCGAGCUUCGUGACUUUGUCGCCAAGUUACCAGGUUAUCAAGCUGAGCAAGCAAGCUUGAAGCUACACACUAGCUUAGCUGAGGAGAUUAUCAAAUUCACACGCACUGAUAUCUUCACGCGAAGCCUAGAAGUACAACAGAACAUUAUGUCUGGCGCUGACCCAACAACGCAACACGACACCAUAACCGAGCUCAUCAACCGUGAUAUACCGCUCCCCGCCAUCCUCCGCUUGCUUUGCUUAGAAUCCACCACCAACGCAGGUAUCCGUCCAAAAGACCUCGAGGCCUUCAAGCGUGCCAUUAUCCAGGCUUACGGCUCGCAACACAUUCUCACCCUUGCUUCACUCGAGAAAAUGGGGCUACUGGGACCACGGGGUGGCGUAAGUCUCGGUGGAGUAGGCGCUCCCGCUAAACCAGGCAGCGUAACCAACUACACGCCCUUGCGGAAGAGUCUAAAGCUAUGGGACGACGACGUCAACGAAGCAAAUCCAAACGAUAUCAGCUACACCUUCUCCGGCUACGCACCCCUCAGCGUCCGCAUAAUUCAAUCCAUCAUCCAAAAACACACGCUCGCCAACGCCAUCAAACCCCCCACUGACCCCCGAGCAAGUCCUCAAGCCAAUCCCCUCGCCCAAGGCCUUCGCAUCUUCGACGACGCAAGCAAAUACAUCCGCGGCGCUACGUUUGAUGAGACGCAGAAGGGUGAGGAAAAGGCGGUUAAGGCAAGGCAGCUGUUGAACGGAAGUACAGGUGAGAAGAACAAAACCAUUGUUGUCUUCUUCCUAGGAGGCGUCACGAGGGCUGAGAUUGCGGCGUUGAGGUUCGUAGGGGAGAAGUUGAAGGAGAGUGGUGGGGAGGGGAGAGGGAGUCGUAUCGUGGUUUGUGCGACCAAUGUGGUCAAGGGAGAGGGGUUGGUGGGUAGUGCGGUUGAGGGGAAGAAGUUCAAGGCUUGA